AUGAAUUUAACAUCAAAAAAUGUUUUUUCCUGCUUAUUUCUUCGACCCUGGCUAGGUGUACCACUUGGACUUUGGAUUGCUGUUUCAGUUAUUUAUUAUUGGUGGUUAAUUUCAAGAAUUAAUAUACUUGAAACACAAAAUGUUGUGUUUAAGAAACAACUUCAAAUAUCUCAUUCUGUUAUGCGUCAAUUGUCUGCAGAUACUGAAGUAACAUAUAGUGUUCCUGAGAUAGCCGAUGUUGCUGGCACAAUAUGUGAAACCGUGCAUGUAGCCCUUGUCUGCAUGGGUAAAUGUUCUAGGAAUAUCACUCCAAUGCUUAAGUCUCUCCUUCACCAUCGACAAAAUCCAUUACACUUUCAUAUAAUAGUUGAUAACAUGUCUGAGCAUACAAUUAGUACACUUUUUGAUAUGUGGGAUUUGCCCGAUGUGAAAUAUACUUCGUACAAUGGCCAGGACCGUCUAGCUGAAGUCCGUUGGAUUCCAAACAGUCACUAUUCAGGAAUAUAUGCACUAGUGAAAUUGUUGUUUCCUAGUAUCUUGCCAAAUAGUCUUAGACAGGUCAUAGUUCUCGAUGCAGAUUUGACCUUUCUGUGUAAUAUAGCGGAGUUGUGGAGUAUGUUCAGGAAUAUGACUGGUGAUCAGUUUAUAGGUCUUGUAGAAAACGAAAGUAAUUGGUAUUACGAUAAAACAAAGCGUUGGCCAGCUUUAGGGCGUGGCUACAACACGGGAGUAAUGUUGUUGAAUCUCCAUAAACUACGUACGGUCACGGAUUGGACGUUCGUAUGGCAUGAUACGAUUAAUGAGAAUCUUGCGCAGCUCCAACAGACAACGUUGGCUGAUCAGGAUGUAAUAAACGCAAUAAUAAAGAAAAAUCCAAAUUUUGUAUACAAUAUAAGUUGUCAGUACAAUGUUCAGAUGUCCAUGAAGACAUUGGCAAAGGGCUGUUACGGCGAAGAUGUCAAUAAUGUUAAGAUAAUCCAUUGGAACUCCCCAAGCAAAUAUAAUGUAAGAAUAAGGGAUUCGGAGUAUUUCAAAAACAUUCAUUUGUCUUAUGUUAAUUUUGACGGAAAUCUUUUGAGGGAAAAACUGCAUAGGUGCUCUGAGACUGAAGUUGUUACUUACAAGAUGAAUCAUUCGGAUCUAUGUCUAAGUUUUCGCGCGGCACAACGUGUCAAACUGCGCACUCACCUCUAUUACAUGGACUACAGCUACUCUAGUGUCGAUGGUUUUGACGUCACUCUAGUACUGCAAUUGUCUAUGGACAGACUGCAGUUCUUGGAACGACUAGUCAAAUAUUGGGACGGACCCCUCAGUGCUGCCAUCUAUUUGUCGGAUUGUGAAGUGACGAAACUGGAAAGCUUCAUUCGUGAUUGGUCUGAAACCCUAAGCUUUCGGAGGAACAUCGGAUAUCAUCUUGUUUUCAAACAUGAUUCGGUGCAUUACCCAGUGAACUAUCUCCGUAACGUGGCUCUCGAGAAUGUGAAUACGCCCUAUGUUUUCCUUAUGGACGCCGACUUCGUCCCGAUGGCCGGCCUUUAUGCCCAUUUGAGAGCCGCUAUUAAGUUGAUUAACCCGUAUCCACAGAAAAAGUGCUUAGUAGUCCCAGCAUUCGAGACACAGCGGUAUCGUGCUUCUGUCCCACGGUACAAAGCCGCAUUGUUGGCUCGGCUUUCGUCCCGAGGGGACGUGGGACCUUUCCGGGCCAGGGAAUGGCCCAGGGGACAUCGCGCUACCAAUUAUACGAGAUGGGCUAACGCCACUGCGCCUUAUGAGGUGGAAUGGCAAUCUGAUUACGAGCCGUAUUUAGUAGCACAUAGAUCAGUUCCUAAAUACGAUACAAGGUUCUCUGGAUUUGGUUGGAAUAAGGUAUCCCACAGCGUAGAGCUCAAAGCUCAGGGUUACAGACUAACAGUGUUGCCAGAUGCAUUUGUUGUACACACUCCACACGCGCCUUCGCCUGACAUCACUGCGUUCAGGGCGGAUCCACAUUAUCGAAUAUGCUUAUCACUUCUUAAGCAGGAGUUCCUAGAGGACUUAAGAAAACGUUAUAAUGUCACCUUCGACUCGGCCAAAGAUUCGCCUUUCAUGGCUCAAGCUAAGAGUCUAUUGUUAAAUCAGAGAAAUGAUUAA